AUGGCGACCUCAACUUCGAGCUCCGGCAAUCGGGACCUCCCUGCCUCUAAAUAUGACCUAAGCACCUACUGGGGUCGGGUCAGGCAGUCUGCAGAGUUAUGCGAUCCCAGGACCCUCUUUGUCUCUACGGACGGCCUGGAAAAUGCGAAGAGGCUCAUUGAAUCGUACAAGGGCGGCCAGCUGCUGUCCAUGACGCCAGAGCUAUGGCAUGCGAAGAAAGUGGUGGAUUCGACUCUACAUCCUGAUACCGGCGAGCCCGUUUUCUUCCCCUUUAGAAUGUCAUGUUUCGUGCUUUCGAAUCUGAUUGUCACGGCGGGUAUGCUCACACCGGGCAUGGGCAUAACCGGCACGCUGCUCUGGCAGAUAACCAACCAGUCUCUGAACGUUGCCAUCAACAAUGCCAACGCCAACAAAUCCACUCCCCUAUCCACUUCUGCCAUAGUCAAAUCAUACCUCCUCGCUGUCUCGGCGUCGUGUUCUGUCGCGUUGGGGCUGAAUGCACUGGUUCCACGACUUAGACUCGCGCCCAACACGAAGUUGAUAAUGGGCCGCCUCGUCCCAUUUGCGGCCGUGGCCAGUUCAGGUGCGCUUAACGUCUUCUUGAUGCGAGGUGAGGAAAUCAGACAGGGUAUCGAUGUCUAUCCCUUCGAGACCAAGGAGCAGCGGGACAAACUCGAGCUGGAGGGAGGUGAGGUGCAGAGUCUCGGGAAGAGCAAGAGGGCAGCCACCUUGGCUGUGGGUGAGACAGCCAUAAGCCGAGUGCUAAACUCGACUCCCAUCAUGGUCUUGCCUCCAUUGAUACUGGUGCGGCUGCAGCAGAUGCAGUGGCUGAAGCUACGGCCACGGCUGGUUCUGCCAGUUAACCUGGGUUUAAUUCUAACAACGUCCGUCUUCGCUUUACCCCUUGCACUGGGUGCCUUCCCGCAGCGUCAGGCUGUGCAGGCAGACUCUCUCGAAGAGGAGUUCUGGGGCCGCGGCGGCAGCACCGGGCUCGUUGAGUUCAAUCGUGGCAUAUAA